AUGGCGACUAAGAGGGGAUUAUCAGGUACGGUAAUUCACAGGAACAGAAACAGCGGCGGUGGAUCUCGAUUCCCGAUUGCUAUUCUCGUGUUCUUCUCAGUUCUCGCUUCGUUGGUUUUCUUCGUGGGUCGAGGACUCUAUUUCACAACUUCAAUUGAUGGGAAUGAUUUUUCAAGCAGUUCUAGUAAUCAGGUGAUUGAUGUCAUUAAGGCGAACACGGAUGAUUUAGGGCCUCUGAGUUUUGAUUUUCUCAGGAAGCAUAAUUUGUCUGCUUCCUGGAAAUUGGUUGGGCAAGAGAUUUCGGUUGAGAAUAAUGGCACUCCUGCUGAGCAAUUGAGAGAGAAAAGACGUCAAAAGCGUGCAACUGAUUUGGAAAAAAAAGAUGAUGAAGUUACUGUUAAACUUGAAAGCGCUGCAAUUGAACGUUCCAAAUCAGUUGAUUCUGCAGUCUUGGGGAAAUAUAGCAUAUGGAGGAAGGAAAAUGAAAAUGAAAAUUCUGAUUCAACAGUACGCUUGAUUCGAGAUCAGAUGAUUAUGGCAAGGGUAUAUUUAAGCCUUGCAACGAUGAAGAACAAGCUUGACUUGGCCCAUGAACUACAAAUCUGCCUUAAAGAAAGUCAACGUGCUGUAGGAGAGGCAUCUGCUGAUUCUGAUCUACAUCAGAGUGCACCUGCGAAAAUCAAAGCUAUGGGCCAAGUACUGUCAAAAGCUAGAGAGCAACUCUAUGACUGCAAGCUGGUCACUGGAAAGCUAAGAGCGAUGCUUCAGACCGCGGAUGAACAAGUCCGGAGCUUGAAAAAGCAAAGCACAUUCCUCAGCCAGUUAGCAGCCAAGACAAUUCCAAAUGGAAUCCACUGCUUAUCCAUGCGCUUAACCAUUGAGUAUUACCUUCUUGCACCAGAGAAGAGACAGUUUCCCAGACAGGAAAAUUUGGAAAAUCCAAAACUUUACCAUUAUGCACUGUUCUCUGACAAUGUCUUGGCAACAUCAGUUGUUGUAAAUUCAGCCAUUAUGAAUGCUAAGGUAUAG